AAAAAGUAAAAUAUAAAAAUGCACCGAGUGUCCGCCAUUUUGAUUGUUAUAUCGUGCGCUUGUUGUGAAGCAUUAGCGAAUGAAGACAGUGAAGUGGGCGAGGCUAGAGGGAAGAAAAAGUACGCUUUACUAAUUCACGCGUCGGCCGUGUUGGCCGGGCUCGCUGGCUUGUUCAAGAUAUUCGUAGGCAUAGCCUUCGUGUUAACCUCCAUGAAAGCUAUGGUCCUGAUGGCCUGGGUGCUGAGCAUCUUCAAGUACGCACCCGAUCUCUGGCCAGCCUACAGCAGCCACUACGGACAUGUCGACAGAAUCGCGAACCAAGCCACGGACAAAAGCAAUAUACUCAGCUCAAUGUUAAACUACUUCAGUAGCAGGAAUUAAUGCUAGUCCACUUCGCGUGGGUGCUCGCCACCAAACUCUUCGUACUGAAGCUGGUAUACGGCGGAAUAUUCUUCGCUCUGGUGACGAAAGCGUGGCACUUCAUCAUCUGGUUCACCCACUACCUGAAGAGCAAGAAGCAUCAUCAUCACCACGAGCAUGUGGAGUACGUGGACCACCAGCCUUACUUCGAGGACCACGGCUGGGCUGGCCAGCAGUAUGGUGGUCCAGCUGGGCCGGGAGCCAACUAUCCGUAUAGGAAACAAUAUGAUGCUGAUGGGUCGUAUUCUGUUAAAAGUGGAUAGGUUUUGUUUAGAGCCAGUAGAGCUAUUGCAGAGAUUUCAUGUAUGUUUCCAUAUUUUUUUAUCAGUUUUACUCGGAAAUAGCUAGGGAUUGUUUGUAGGUAUUAAUUAAUUUAUAAAUAUGUGCCAUUAAUUAUGUUAUACUUAUAAGUAUUAUGGAUAUUGUAGAUAUUAUCUAUGUAUAAUUAUAGUAUUUAUUUUAGCCAUUAAUAUAAGUGAGAUUUUAGACUUAGCACACAGAUAAUUUUAUUAUUUAUUUCUGAUUUAGGAUACCUAUCGGUAUCGGUGUUGAUAGCGUGUGUGUAAGUCAAUUUGUCCUCUCACUUAAAUUUAUUGGUACAGUCAUAAGAUUAAUUUAUUUUAGACUUAAACCUACUUUUGUAGCUAGUUGUUAAGUAUAACAUAGACGUAAGGUAUAAACACACAGCAAUAAAAAUAAAAAUCCUCUUGAAA